AUAAAAUUAAAUGUAAAAAUAAUACAUGUUCAAAACUAAAAAUGAAAAUGCAAACCGAUGAACUGAGGGAAUAACGAUAUUUGAAUAGCUUCCAGUGAACUGGAAAUAUGGAAUUCGAUAGUUUAUUAUCGAAUAAUAUGAUGGUCGAAACAAUCUUUGUUUUUCUUGCAUCUGUGAAUUUUUUGCAUUUGUUUCUUGAUUAAUUGAAAAAUAAACUUUUUGGUCGCAUUCUUUGAACUCGUUUUAUAUUUCAAUGUUUCGAUGGAUGGGAAUGUAAAGACGUGCACUCUAUAUAAUGGGCUCUUGUCUGUGUAAAGAUAAAAACGAAAGUGAAGAGGACAAUAAUGAUACGGGCGUUGGGCGUACACCACGGCAUGCAAGAGGUUCACUCAGAAACUUAUACCGUAAUACGGAAGUACUGCAGACAAAUGCCACAUUAAAAACACUUUCUGAUACCAUUGAUAAAUUAGUACGCGAGACAUUAGAUGUGAUUAGUACAAUGAUUGAUAAUGAACCGGAGCCACCUAGCUCUAUAUUAAUGCUACACAUUAUCACGGAAAAGCCAGCUGGUUGGACUGAACUGGUGCGUUCAUUAAUGCGUGUAGUGCCGGUAGAACAUCCCAUGGGCCCUAGUGUUAUAGCCCUAUUACUCGAUGACAGUCCACUGCCUACAAAAGAAUCCGUACUGAAGGUUGGCGAAAUGGUUGCGCCUAAAUAUGGUUUAAAAAAUAACCUACGCAAAGAACGAAAUUUAUGUGUUAUACUUGGCUGCUUAGCAGAAAAAUUGGCAGGACCUAGCAGUAUUGCAUUACUUAACGAUUCCAUGUUAAAGUACCUGAUUAGUAAUUUAAAUGAAGACAUCGAUCCGAAUGUAAAACUUCUUUCAUUAAUCGCACUCGAAAAAUUUGCCCAAACGAGUGAGAAUAAAGUGACAAUACAGAAAACUUUGCAAGAAAUGAAACAAAGUCCGUUUUUAGCGCUGGAGGAGCAUGUAUCAUCAACCAAUUUCUUAUUGCGUCAAAUAGGAUUUUGCGCUUGUUGGUGUUUAGACAACUACUUUCCAGUAAGUGGGCGACAAUAUUCAUAUGAGACAACUAAUGUCUCCAAUAUUAACGCCAUGCUUAAUACGAAGGAUGUUAGUGAAUAUUUGAAAAUCUCACCAGAUGGUUUAGAAGCGCGCUGUGAUGCUUACACAUUUGAAAGUGUCCGCUGCACAUUCCAGAUAACCAAAGGUUGUUGGUAUUAUGAAGUGCUCCUAAUAACACCGGGUGUCAUGCAAAUCGGUUGGGCUACAAAAGAAUCGAGUUUUCUAAGUGACGAUGGUUACGGUAUAGGUGAUGACAAAUACUCUAUUGGAUUUGAUGGUUGUAGGCGUAUUAUAUGGCAUAAUGCCAAGUCAAUUCCACACAGUUUGCCAACAUGGAAAAGUGGCUCGAUUCUUGGUUGUUUACUUGAUUUAGACAAACAGGAAGUUAUUUUUACUCUCGAUGGAGAAUCGACUGAUCCUUAUAGACACAUAUUCAAUAACGUUAAGGAAGGAUUUUUUGCAGCAGCAAGUUUUAUGUCCUUUCAACAAUGUAGAUUUAAUUUUGGACUGGAACCAUUUCGAUAUCCACCACAAAGAGCAUUUCACAGUUUCAAUGAAAGUGGAAAGCUGAGUUCAAGUGACAAGAUAAUUUUGCCGCGGCAUAUUUAUCUGGAUAUGUUAAGAAAAGUGAGUGUACGUGAUGACUCCUGUACACUAUGCUUUGACAAAAAGGCUAUUAUGAGGUUGGAGCCUUGCGCGCAUAGAGGGUUUUGCGUCACGUGUACGGAACAGCUAAAGUUUUGUCCGAUGUGUCGCUCGGACAUACGUACAAAAGUACAAGAAUGCACUGAUAGUCCUGUUAAUGUGGAAGUUUCUGAAGCAGAAGUUAUGCCCACGGAAACAUGACAGAUAUUUUAUCUCAAAUCAUAGUGAUGUAAAAAUUACGCACUCGUAGAGAAGAACGAUCUAUACAUUUUGCCUAUAUCUCUUCAGAGUUUUUUUUUUUUGUAAAUAAGUUUUAAGUAAUAAUCAAAUUUUAUCGCUAGGAUAAAAUAAAGAAAAAAAUCUAUAGUCUAUUACGUUUAAAGCGUAAAUACUAAUAUGAUUAUUUAUUAUUUAUAAUUCUAUCGUAUGUACUCGAUUUUCGUUAAUUUAUUUCAACUAGAAAAUUAUUUUUUAUUUUUUCUAUAAUAUUUAACUACGCGGCCGUGGCUUGCAAUGUGAUUGGUUCCUUUUGCAGUGCUGUAGAUAAACUACCUUCCCAUAUUUCUGAGGUAUGCUCAAGCACUUCACUUGACGUGGCAGUUUUGUGACGCAUAAAAUAGCCUUGUACCUGUGCAGGACUGGCCUUUCGGCCAUCAGCUAAUACGCAUUUUGCGAAUUCCAUCGCAAGCUUACGUGGCAGCUUUUCUUGUUUGCCAUAGAAACGUAAAAACAUUUCCUCCAGUUGGUAUGCAUCGCAAUGACCGACAUAUUCCUUUACGUCAACACGACCGGGUCGUAUAAGUGCUGGGUCUAAACGUUCUAAGUAAUUUGUGGUCAUAAAUACAAUACGCGCUUCGGUCGAAGCAACACCAUCCAGACAAUUGAGUAAACCACUAAAUGUAAUGCGAUUGAGUCCUUCGUAUGCAGCUGCUUGUUGUUUGACAUCUUCACGUGAUGCAAAAGCAGCAUCCACAUCCUCUAACAAUAUAAUUGAUUGUUCUGGCGCCACAUUCAAAAGAUGAUUUAGACGAUCAUCUGUUAGUCCACGUUCUGAUAAAUUCAACAAACAGAUACCAUAUUCAAGUUCACCCGCUAGAGCAGUAAUAAAACUAGAUUUUCCACAACCUGGUGGUCCGUACAGCAAAUAACCACGUCGAUAAGGUAUACCGCGAUCUAUAUACCAUUGAGAAUUGCCGAUGAACUCUUUACAGUCAGUGACAAUACGCUCUGCAACACCGUUCUCGAGUACCACAGAGGAUAACGGUCGUCUGCGACGUGGAUGUCCAAAUUGCCGCCAUUCGGAACCCAUAGCGGUGUACAUAAGUGUUUUACCUUCGGUAGCUUCCAAAGCAAGUAAACGUGCCUCUUCGAGUAUAUCAAAAUACAAUUGUUUAUUACGACCAAAUGCUGUUAGGGUAACACUCUCCCAUGGUACACCCAUGUGUAAAUCCAAUGUUUGCUGUUCCCGCGUACGUUCAACUUGUAUCCAAAUACCUUGAUAGCGCAUUAAAUGUUUUCCAAUACUGGGUAUAAAGUCAUAUUUUGUACGUAUUUGACCAGUUUCUUUUUGCACAAAUGAUGUCUCGACGCUGAGAUGUUGUGUCUCUCUUGCUCCUCUCACAGUAAUCCAUUGCAAUAACCACUGAUAAGAUUUAUCCCGGCAAGGUACUUCUAAUGUAAUCAUCAUGUGUCGACGAAACAAAAUUAUUGCACCUUGCAGGCCUUUCCGCAAAAUAGCUGCGCCGGCACCUAUUCCGAAUAGGCCAAAGCCUGCUCCAAAAUAUGGAUUUGUUGAUAAUCCACUCACAAUUUCCGAGAACGGCAUGUUUUGCCUAUCUUACCUAAUAUGGUUGAUUUGAGGUAAAAUUUUUUAAAAACAUAUGUAAAUCUAUGGCUCAUUGUUGUUGUUACCGGCAACAGCUGUUGGGUGGUACAGAGUGCAACAAAAUGUUUGCAAACUUCAAUUUCAGUACUUGUUUAGCCCACCCUAUAUCUGCCUUAUGAUUCAUAUUUUUACAAAGGAGUUAUUAUUAAUCACAAUCAGUGCGAAAACCAGAGAUAAAGCGAAAACUAUUUCCAUUAGACAAUUACUAAAAAUAUUAAUACCGUACGAUAACAUACAUAGUUGCUGAAAUUAUUUUGCUAUUUAAAAAAUAAGAACAAAAUGGCCAAUGCUGAAAUUGAAUCUCGUUCAAGUCGUUGGCGAAAGGCUAUGGUCGGUCCACUACCCAAUGAUUUUCUACGCAUUAAUAAUGGCGUUGACGCGCAGGUGGCUGCAGAUAGUCAAACAGCGGCAGCUGUAUACCAACAACAAGUGUAUACACAAUAUGUUGCACCAAAUUAUGUUGGACGUUUGAGCAUCACCUGUGCACAAGCGAAAUUAGCACGUAAUUAUGGCCUUACCCGCAUGGAUCCCUAUGUGCGUAUACGUGUCGGUCAUUAUGUAUACGAAACACAAACAGAUCCAAAUGGUGGUAAACAUCCACAUUGGAAUCGUGUAAUACAAAGUCAAUUGCCAGCGGGUGUUAAUUCGAUUUUCAUAGAAAUAUAUGAUGAAUGUAGUUUUAAAAUGGACGAAUUGAUUGCAUGGUGCGAAAUCAAAAUACCACAAAGCGUGAUGCGCGGUGAAACGCACGAAGAAUGGUAUCCACUUAGUGGUAAACAAGGUGACGGCCUCGAGGGCGCUAUCGACAUAGUUUUGAGCUUUUCCAAUCAACCCAUGCAGCCAUAUAUGUACCAAACUGUGGGCGGACCAGCGCAAAUGUUAAUGGUACCGCCUGGUAGACCAAUGCCAAUAUUUGUAACACCUCAACAACCACCCGUCGCCAAUACGGUAAUUCAGCCGGCACCGCGACAAUUAUCCGAAGAAGAAUUCAAACAAAUUCACGAAAUGUUUCCAAAUAUUGACAAGGAAGUUGUCAAAUCUGUAUUUGAGGCGAAUAAUGGUAGUAAAGAUGCAACAAUAAAUUCACUGCUACAGAUGAACGAAUAAAAGAAAUUGGAGCUGCGCAGUUAUUUUAUACGUACAUAUAGUUAUAUAUACAUACAUAAAAUAUAAACGUCUAUACAAUAUUAUUAACAAUACUAAAAACUAUGCUUUUAUGAAAUAAAAUUUAAAAAUUAGAUUUUUCAUUUUGUCACGCAUAAGCAUACAGAUUGUGUUACUACUUACUACUUACUACUUACCGAUCCAAAAAGGGUUAGAUCGCCGAAAUAACAGCCCUUGGACGAAUAAAAUCCGGCUGUGGUGAGAAUUGAA